AUGCUGGGCACUGUCUGCUACUCGAGUAUAGGUAGGGAUCGGCAAAAAUCGUGCGCGGUCGAAGAACUUCCCGACCUUCCUGAACCGCUCGGUUUUGCGGGAGCGCUGUCCGGCGGCUGCGACGACAAGCUCGUCUUUGCGGGAGGCAGCAACUUCCCAUUCCCCACCUGGACAAGCACCAAGCACUUUGACGACAGGGUGUGGACGCUGGGUGGUGAUAUCUCCUGGACCUGGGAGCUCAGCAGCGUAGUGCUGCCAGCGCCUACGGCGUACGCUGCUUGCGGUUCGAUCAGUGGGCAGGUCGUCUGCGCCGGAGGCCAGACGCCGGACGGCAUCAUCAACAACACCUUUGCUAUUCCGUGCGACCUGACAGCGCUGCGGCCGCUGCCAUCGAUGCCCGUGCCGACGGCAUUUGCUUCAUCCGCCGUGCUCGGAGGAGAACUCUGGGUGCUCGGCGGGGACACUGGCACCGGUCCAAACGCCACGACCAACGUCUGGGUCCUCGACGCACAGCUUAGCCAGUGGCGCGCCGGACCGCCGUUGCCAACGGCGCGCAAACUCUCAUUGGCAGUCGUGCACGCAAAUUCACUAUACAUGAUGAGCGGCCGUCGGCAAGAUGAGGGACGCAAGCCCGAAUUUCUCAAAGACUGUUGGAAGCUCAAUGAUUCAGCGCAUGUCGAAUCCGCUUCAUUGCGCACGCCUCGCCACUCUUUGCAGAUGUGGCCGUCACGCUCGGAGGCUGCUUGGGAGCGUUGCGCAAGCCUCCCGGCUGUCGUCAUGGCUGGCACGGUAGGCGUCCUGAACAAUCGGAUCUUCACAAUGGGCGGGGACGACGGCGCGCAUUUUCGGGAUGGUUAG